AUCAAGACAGAAGUUGCAGACUCAGGGCGGUUGGGACAUAGGCUUGUGGAAUGGCCCUGCGGAGUACAUAAGGCGUGUUCAAUAAAUCUUUUACCCAGGAUACUGCAGACAAUUGGUUCCAAAGUUCAAGGGUAAAAUAUCCAGGAGCAGAGCGCGCAGGGCAGAAGCAGAGGAAGAGGACGAGUGCAGGAGAAGUGUCAAGGUGAUUCAUUGGUGAAAUUAAAAAGAAAUCAGUCACUGGUGUCUACAGUAGAAAACAAAACACAAAACAAAACAUGGCAGAGAACACAAGUCCAAAAAGCAGCUCUGGCGACUUUGCUAAAAAAGUCCAAAGGCAGCUGAGCAGAGGCAAAGAAAAGGUGCUGCAGAGGCUAGGAAAGACUAUAGAAACGAGAGACGACCAAUUUGAACAGUCCCUUCAACACUUUAUGGACCAGCAGACUGAUGGGAACCGAAUAUACAAGGACCUGAGGCACUACAUUAAUGCAGUUAGAGACAUGCGUGAAGCUUCACGAAGGCUUUCCCAGUCUCUGUUUGAUGCUUAUGAACAUGAUUGGGCUGCAGGGGAAGACUUGGGAGCCAUCGUUGAGGGAGAGGACCUCCUGUGGAAUGACUACGAGGUGAAGUUAAUAGACCAGGCCGUCCGCACUAUGGAGUCCUAUGUGAGCCAAUUCCCUGACGUGAAGGAGAAAGUAGCAAAGAGGGGGAGGAAGCUUGUGGACUAUGACUCCUCUCUGCACCACCUGGAGGCGCUGCAGACAGCAAAGAAGAAGGAUGAUGUCAAAAUAAGCAAGGCAGAAGAGGAGAUGAAUGCUGCCAAGAGAGUGUACGAAGGCAUCAACAAUGAGUUAAAAGAUGAGCUACCUCUGCUCUAUGACAGUCGUAUUGGAUGCUACAUUUCAGUCUUCUCUGCUUUAUCAAACCUACGAGACAUCUUCUACAAGGAGAUGAGCACGCUCAACCAGGAUCUGCACAGUGUGAUAAAGGAGCUGCAGGCUCAACAUCCAGACAAAGUGUUUGCUGUGAGGGGAAUGCAACGGUAUGGUUCCCUGAAAAGACGCACUCUGAUGUCUCCUAAAGCCUGGAAAGCCAGUUUCUCUGAGUUCCACAAGAGCUACAGUCCUAGACCUGGACAGAGAUCCAGCUUCAAGUCUCCAGACAAACCUCGCCACAGCUCCCUGUCUAGAGAGAGCAGCACCCUUGCAGUCACCCCGCAGUCACCCAUCCUGGAGAGCCCCUCUAUGUCCAGCGACCUGGAUGUCCAGUCAAGCCAAAGUGAGACCCCGAGUUCUCCCUCACUAGAGGAUGCUGCAGAGGGGGCGCCUGGGAGUGAGCUGAAGUCAGGAGAAGAGAGCAGCCAGGUGGAAGAGGAGAAGGAUGUGAAGAAAGAUGAGUGUGAGCCUCCUGCAGAGUCUGAUGAUAAGGACGAUGGUGAGAAAGCUCCGCCGAGUGACAGCAGCUCUGAACUGAACAACUCCUGUGAUUCAGAGAGUCUGGACAUGCAGCUGUCUGCAGCAGACAUGGGCCCGCUGCACAUCGAGGAGAGAGAGGACAGCCCAGUGCACCUGGAGAGUCCUAAAGCAAACGGACUGGAGAAUGGAGAGGUAUCUGGGUUUGACUCUAACACCAAAGACCUGAACAGUCCUCUCAAGGAUGCUCCUGCAGAAAAACAAGCUCCUCCAAGCAUAAAAAACACUAUGGUUUAAAAAGCAUCUCAACUGAGAUGCAGAGAGGAGAUUGAAGACAGCAGCUGCACAAAAGAGAAAAAUGUUGAGACAGCCGCACUGAAUCCCCCAGCUGUGGCAUCAGGAAAGACGUGCGCUGCAUUGUUAGUUUUUCUAUUUAACUUUUAUUGAAAUCAGUUGUAUAUAUAUAUUGUUGUUCACAGACUGGGUAAAACUUUCUCUUUCAUAUUGUUUAAACACCAACAUUUGUCUUGAUUUUCCUUUCAAAAGCAGACAGCUUUACUACAGGCCUAUUUAGUCCUUUAUGCAUCUGCAGUUUUACCAUUUUGCAAAGGUAGUCAAUCGCCCAGAACCAUGUGUGCCAAGGGGCUUCAAGGUUUGGUUAAUGUAAGUGUGUAUCAAAUAAAUGUCUUAAAGUACUUUUAAUGAUUAAUGGGUGUGUUUUGAAUGUGAAUAAAGGACCAAGAGUGAAUGAAAUAGGUGUAAUUAUCAAGAUAAGUCCAUAGGGAGGACCCAAGACCCUGAUAGCAACAUCCAAGCCCCUAUUAAAGCCCUUAAAUAUCUUUAUUAAGCAUUAUCAUAGUGAGGUUUUCCCUGAAGACAUAUUGAAACAAUGAAUUUUCUGGAUUACUGUGGUAAAAAUGGCAUGCAGUACAUAAAAAUGCAUGAUUUGUGGCAGAAGAAUGGAUAUAACACCAAAAGUGAGCCUAUAUUUUUAUGUUUGUAAGUUACAACUGGCCUAGAGACGUGCUAAAAUAUUUACAUGUGAGUGAGUUAUGAUGCUCUUCUAAGAGGUGAUGUGCAAGUAUGGCUCGUUAUUUAAAUUUCAGAUUCGGGCAUGUUCUGUACAUUGACAGAAAGGUACGAACAGUUUCUGUAAAAAACUCAAGUAAAAACCUUUCAGACUGACAAUCAUGGGGAAAUUUGUAACACACAAAUGACAUAAAAUAUAGUCAUUACUGUUGCUGGUAUGCCGACAGUGAUUUAAUGCAGUCCAAGAGAGUUAGAGUUGAACAUACAACACAAUAGGCUCCACUAAAGAGCAAUAUUCAGCACAAAUGCAGGUAGAUAAUGUACCUAUGAAGCUUAUUCAUGCCGCUUUGUGAGCUGAGCUUUAGCUAGGUUAGCUAUGUAACACUGUUCUCUACAGCUAAGUUAGCUUCAGCAACAUAAGCUUUAGUGAAUGUAGCAACAGCUAAUUUAACUAAGUAGAUAAUGUACCUUACAUAGAUUACAUAGAUUCUUUGUGAGCUUAUCUUUAGCUACAUUAGCUAUGUAACGCUGUUCUCUAUAGUUAAGUUAGCUUAAGCAACAUAAGCUUCAGCAAAUGUAGCUCAAGCUAACUUAGGUACAUAGGUAACCUACCUAUAUAGCUUAUUAUGCCGCUUUGUGAGCUUCACUUUAGCUAUGUUACCUUUGUAGCGCUGUUCUCUAUAGCUAAGUUAGCUUGAGCAAAAUGAGCUUUAGCAAAUGUAGCAAAAGCUAACUUAGCUAAGUAGAUUACUAUCUAUGCCGCUUACAAAGCUGCUUUGUGAGCAAAUCGUUAGCUACGUUAGCUAUGUAACAUUGUUCUCUAUAGCUAAGUUAGCUUAAGCAAUAUGAGCUUUAGCAAAUGUAGCAAAAGCUAACUUAGCUAAGUAGAUAAUGUACCUAUGUAGCUUACUAUACCACUUUGUCAGCUGAUAUUUUGCUGUGUUAGCUAUGUAGUACUGUUCUCUAUAGCUUAGCUUUAGAGAUGUGAACUUUAGCAAAUGUGGCUAAAGCUAACUUUGCUAUGUAGACAACUUAGUUACAUAACUUAAGUACCUGCUUUAUGAGCCUAGCUUUUACUAUGUAAACUAUGUAGCUCCUUAACCAAUAGCUAAGUUAGCUUUAGCAAUGUAGAUAACAUAGCUAUGCAGCUGCUUUGUGAGUUUAGUUUUAGUUAUGUAGCUAAGUUAGCUAAUGGGGCUAUGUAUGCUACAUUUGUUGCAUUAGAAUUUUUUAUAUAAAUCACUAAAACCAUCCCUGCGUCUAUGCCAGUUGUUAGCUAACAUGAAUGCAUUUGUUGGUUUACAUUGUUAUUAAGUUUUCUCACUGACUGUAGUCCUACACUAUGGUCUCUGUUUUAUAUGCUGUGAUGUAUCAAAUUUUCCAGACAAAAUGACUGAAACUCAACAGAAAUUUCAAUUAUUUUUCUUUGUGUGACUUUUUUUUUCUUGUCAAGCAAGUUUGUAUGCAGGAGUUGUGCUUGUAAUUACUUUAAACCUCAUUUUCCACUUUAGUUUUCAUUAAAUAUAAGUAUGUAGCUUCUUUUAAACCCACAAAGUGGUAAAGAUAAACAGCCAUUGUGUGAUUUUUAACCAUAAUCUUUGUACUAUGUUCAUUCUAAUUUGUUUAUUUUUAUUCCAAAUUGAUGAAUAUGCACACCCUCAAGGGCACAAACAUUGGAAAAAAAUGACUUAAUUGGUAUUAAAAUGCACUUAUUUAAAAAUAUUGUGUACACAGCUGUGUUUGCUUGUCUGCCAGUGGAGGUUUGAGAUAUGACGAAAAGUAAGAGCUCUCACUCAGCAUUGAAUUCUCUUCUACUUUCAUUAUGACUAUAGAUUUCAUAAAUGAAAGUGCAAAAAAAUAAAGCUAUUUACAUUGAUUUUGAUUUAAAAAAUGUCUGACGCUCUUCUUCUCUAAAAAAUAUUGAUGCAUAUAAAAUAUGAAAUAUUGUUACAUUCAAUGGCAAAAUGCUGGAAUAGAUAGCUUCCUACUGGUUGGUCUUUACUGGAUUUAUCCAGUGACAGAAAUGUCUUUUUGCAGAUGCUACUAUAAGAAACUCAGCUACAUCACAUAACUCCAUGUUUUGUUACUGUUUGAUUGUGAGAUGUAUAGCUUCACAUUUCUCAUGUUUUGUGUUUUACUGAUAAAAUACAAUGACAAUUAAAUUGUGUCUACACUAAAUGAUAGCUAAA